AUGAAGUAUAAGAGAAAUUAUUGGCUGACUCUCGGAUGGUCAAAUACCAGAGUACGCUAUGUGAAAAUCCGUGCAUCCAGCUGGAGGUUGUUGACUAUAAACUCGGCCACUCUAUUGCCAAUUGACUUGGGUCCCCCAGAGCAUGACUGCUUAGAGGUUAUGGAUGAGGUUUUCUCAAGCUGGCUAGAUCUAACCAACCAGCCUAUUGGCAAUCCAGAUGUUGAAUAUUUCACAGGUAGCAGCAGUUUUGUCCAGGAUGGCACACAUUUUGCCGGUUUUGCGGUGGUGACUUUGGACUCAGUUAUUGAGGCUCAUCCGUUGCCAGUUGGGAGUUCUGCACAAAAGGCUAAACUUGUUGCCCUCACAUGGGCACUCCAGCUCACUGUAGGAGUACAAAUUGCAUGCAACCACGUGAGUACAGACAGCCUGAGUAAGGACUCCAGCCCUGCCCAGAAGCCCUGGUUGGUGUGUCUUGAUGACAGGUUUGGCUUAGCUCAUCAGAUCCGCAACAAGCAGUGCCGCCUCUACUCGCUAGGGCUGGGAAGCGAUGACACCCAUUUUGAGGUGAGCAUGGCCAAUGACGGCUGUGAAGUGCAUCGUUUCGAUCCUAGUGUCAAAUCAGCUCACGUUCUGGAGAGUCAGCGCCUCUGGCAUCACCGCUUGUCCAUUGAUUGGCGUGAUCCCCAUCCAGCUGUCGCUGCCCUAAAACCACAUAGCAACACCAGAAAACUGGGAAGCAUUUUGAAUGAAUUUGGGCACCACAAGAUUGAUGUUCUCAAGGCAGAUCUGGAAAGUGCAGAAUGGAAAGUUCUGGAAAACCUUAUUGUGGAAGAUGUCCUUGAACAAAUUGGACAGCUCAUCUUUGAGAUCCAUCUCCACUGGCCGGGGUUUGAAGUCAGUGGCAGUGAUAACAGUGUCGUGCGGUUCUGGUACAGCGUCCUCAAAGAGCUGGAGCAGAGGGACUUCAGGCUUUUCCACAGUUAUAAAGAUUUAUCAAAACCUCAGCAAUUCCUGAAGAAAGACAUGUUCAACGCUAGUAGCUGCUAUACUUUGAGCUGGGUGAAUACGAGAUGGAAAUAGGGUCCAGGCCCUUACCAAGAACACAAGGCAGGAUUUGCAGAUGGGGUGCGUCCACUCUUCCCAUUGUGGGUUCAUUCCUCCAGCUGCCUCCAGCCUGUUGUCUGCUGGAUAGGGAUUGCAUUGUCUAUGCAAUGCUUGAUGUG